AGAGAAAGCAGAGAGCAGUGUGGUUGUGAAUGUGCGUCGGAAAAGAAAGGAAAACGCGAACAGUGACUGAGUAAGAAGUAGGAAGAGACUGAAGGAGGAGCUGCGGAGUAAUCCCAAGAGAUUUCAGUAACGAUCAUCGGAGGCACUGCGUCUCCUUCAGUCGGCGAUGGGUCUUCAGCUUUCGUCGCUGGAGUUGGAGUCCCUCAGACAAGACUGCGUUCUGGAGGUACCCAAUCACUCAGAUGUCCAAAUAUUGGGGAAAACUGUUAAGGCAGUGUUUGGCUCCUCGUGGAGGGAGCAUCUCUGCGAAGGGAGUGUCGUAGAGGGAAAAGUUAAUCCCGGAAGCCCCGCGGUUCUCAUCAUAAGUUCUUCUGCCCUAAGAUGCAUACACCUUCUCAGGGGCUUUCGCUCUUUCACUAAACAAUGCCACGCUGCGAAGCUAUUCGCAAAGCACUUGAAGCUUCACGAACAGAUUUCUUUGUUAAAGAACCGUGUUAACAUUGCUGGCGGCACUCCAAGCAGGAUAAAGAAGCUAAUUGACGCUGAGGCGUUAGACCUUUCAAGGUUGCAAGUACUGGUGCUAGAUUUGCAUCCUGAUGUAAAGGGGUAUUCGUUGUUGACCCUUCCACAAGUCAGGGAUGAAUUCCUGGAAGUGUUCAAGAACUAUUUUUAUGAAGCGAUGAUCCAGGGUGGUCUGCGUAUUUGUCUCUAUGGUUUAAAGGACAAACAUAAACAAGGGCAUACAGUUCCUGAUACAUAACAUCUCAUGUUUUGAUUUAGGCAUGUAGCUUAUUAAUUUUUUUUUACAAUUCCGUUUAUCUUCAAAUGACGGACGUAUUUGUUAUCAACGGAAUAUCGUUGCCUUUAACCAUGGGAGAGUGACAAUUUUGUUGUAAGUGGGGUUCAUACUUAUAAAAAACACAUUUCUAAGUAACUAAGAAGGUGCUUUAUUUGUGUAGAU